AUGUCACAAUCCCAGGAAUUGUAUCAUAAGCUGGACACUACUUUGAAACAAAUCCGCCUCGUUACCAUCGAACCUGGUAAAUGGAGAGAUGACAUCCAAUGCACCCUCCGAGAAACCUCGCUAGCCGAUUCGGAACCCUAUGAGACGCUCUCGUAUGUCUGGGGAGACCACACGAAUACGAAGAUUAUUACUGUGAAUGGAAGGAAUUUCAAAGCUACGGCAAACCUCGAAUCAGCCCUCCGUCAUCUACGCCGGGACACUCCACGGACUAUGUGGAUUGAUGCUAUAUGCAUCAACCAGCGGGACCUGGGAGAGCGUGCUUCGCAAGUGAGCAUGAUGCGUGAUAUCUACCAAGGAAGUAAUACGACAGUUAUAUGGCUUGGUGACGGCGACGAACGUGCCGAGUCAUCAUUUGAUCUCGCUCGACGGUUUUAUGAUCAAAGUCACGGUGAUGGGGUGUCUUCUCAAGGGAUUUUGAUGCUCAUGAAAGAAUUGACAAACACCGAAUAUUGA